AUGGCGACCGCCCUUGACCACCUCAGCUCCGGCUCGACUAAGAUCGAAUGGCUCUCCCAAUUGAACACCGAGUUCAAGCCAACCAAGAACUACCGCCGCACCUCCAUCAUCUGCACAAUCGGCCCCAAGACAAACUCUGUCGAGGCAAUCAACAAGCUCCGCACUGCCGGUCUCAAUGUUGUCCGCAUGAACUUUUCCCACGGCUCCUACGAAUACCACCAGUCCGUUAUUGAUAAUGCUCGCCAGGCUGAGAAGGUUCAGAAGGGUCGGCAGAUUGCCAUUGCUCUGGAUACCAAGGGUCCUGAGAUCCGUACCGGUAACACUGUUGGUGACAAGGACAUUCCGAUCUCUGCCGGCACUGAGAUCAACAUCACUACUGAUGAGAAGUAUGCCACAGCUUGUGAUGACAAGAACAUGUACGUUGACUACAAGAACAUCACCAAGGUCAUUGAGCCAGGCCGUAUCAUAUACGUCGACGAUGGUGUCCUUGCCUUCGACGUCCUUGAGAUCGUUGAUGACAAGACUAUCCGUGCCCGAGCUCGCAACAACGGCAACAUUUCCUCCAAGAAGGGUGUCAACCUCCCAAACACUGAUGUCGAUCUCCCCGCACUCUCCGAGAAGGACAAAGCCGAUCUCCGGUUUGGUGUGAAGAACAACGUGGACAUGGUCUUUGCUUCAUUUAUCCGCCGUGGGGAUGAUAUCAAGGCCAUUCGUGAGGUCCUUGGUAAGGAGGGUGAGAACAUUCAGAUCAUUGCCAAGAUCGAGAACAGACAAGGUCUCAACAACUUUGCCGAGAUCUUGAAGGAGACUGACGGUGUCAUGGUUGCUCGUGGUGAUCUGGGUAUCGAGAUUCCCGCAGCUGAGGUGUUUGCUGCUCAGAAGAAGAUGAUUGCCAUGUGCAACAUUGCAGGCAAGCCUGUCAUCUGUGCUACUCAGAUGCUGGAGUCUAUGAUCUACAACCCCCGCCCUACGCGUGCUGAGAUCAGCGAUGUUGGUAACGCUGUUACUGAUGGAGCCGACUGUGUCAUGUUGUCUGGUGAGACUGCCAAGGGUAACUACCCACAAGAAGCUGUCAGGGAGAUGCACGAGACAUGCUUGAAGGCUGAGAACAGCAUCGCAUACGUGUCUCACUUUGAGGAGCUCACCCAGCUUGCUCAGCGACCAACCAGCGUCGUCGAAUCAUGUGCCAUGGCUGCUGUCCGUGCCAGUUUGGACAUGAACGCCGGUGCAAUCAUCGUCCUCUCCACCAGCGGUGUCAGUGCCCGUCUCCUCUCCAAGUACCGACCCGUCUGCCCCAUCUUCAUGAUUACCCGAAACCCCACCGCCGCCCGAUAUGCCCACUUGUAUCGUGGAGUGUAUCCUUUCCAUUUCCCAGAAGACAAGCCAGAUUUUUCAAAGGUCAACUGGCAAGAGGAUGUUGACCGGAGAAUCAAGUGGGGUAUUGCUGAGGCUUUGAAGUUGAAGGUUCUUGCGCAAGGCGAGACGGUUGUCGUGGUCCAGGGAUGGAAGGGUGGUAUGGGUAACACCAAUACUCUCCGUGUCAUCAAGGCUGAGCCUGAGGAUCUCGGACUUCCGGGGAAAUAA